AUGCCUUUUAUUGCCUUGGGGUAAGGCCAGUAGUACAUUACUUUACUAUAUUUUGAAAAACAUUGUCUAUUAUGAGACACAAGAUGAAUUCCAGGGGUGGCCAGUGUUCAUUGAACUAAAGGAAGGACGACCCAGGGUUCAACAAGGAUGAUUGGAACAGGUUCUCAAGUAAAGGUUUCGAAAACACUAGUAAUUAGAGACGUUUUUAAGAAGCUUAGUUUUUAUGACUAUUGAAGUCUUCCCCUGAACGAUAUCUAGCUAUCCACCAGCUUGUAUAAGUGAUAAUUAUGUAGGUCAGUGUGCUCUCAAAAAUGAGGGCGGAACAGAACUCCAACCAAACCUCCGGCUUUAUAGCCUACUUCGUCACAAGAUAACAUGCAAUGAUUGUUCUUCCCAUUGUGGCAUCGCUUCUAGAACCUAACUCUAUAUCGACGUGGAAGGAAGUUGUCUAACAGUAUCGGUUUUGAAUCGAUAUUUAUGAUUAACUUCAAGGACCUGGAAGUCCAAAAAAGGAACGGUCGGGAACGCUGUCAGGCUAGCCUUACGGCAUGGAUACAGACACAUUGACUGCGCUUGGGCUUAUGAUAACGAAGAUGAAAUAGGUGUAGUCUUAACUGAAGUCUUCAAAGAAGGAAAGUUGAAAAGAGGGGACGUGUUUAUCACAUCAAAACUCUGGUAAGUAUUCUCAGGCACUGAGCCAUGCGUCCUCUUGAUCACAUAUUGAUAUCCUAGGUUCAUGAGAAGAGAUUCAAAUAUUUUGUAGGUUAAGUGGAGCGCGGUUAACUUUUUCCUCGUCGCGUCGCUCUCAGACAUUCCUUCCUUCUCAGAGCGCACUUCCCUCAUAAAUAAUUAGUAAACGGUAAGCAAAAUUCCUCCCAUCGUUUGACAUGUCUUGUUUCCCUCGAUCCUAUUUCAAUGAGUUUUUACCAGAAAACUGCUUCAUUUUGCAACGAGACUUAAAAACAGUUCCUAACAAAAACUAGUGAGACUAUGAGAUUUUUCUGUGGGAAGUUCGACAUCAAGCCUCGACUUCGUGUACUAGGCUGAGUUCUCAAGGCUCGCGACUGAAACAUCGAUCGUACUAGUGCGGCUACUGUCUCACAAAGCCUAUGUAGCUGAUGUGCAAACAGGAUAAGAAAAGAAUUCAAGCCAAGUGGACAGUAGAAUGCGAAAAUAAAGAAAUAAUAAGCUGACAAAAACGUGAGGUGCACCUUUAAAGAAAUUAUUGCCCUCAUCUCUUUCUCAGGUGCAGACACCAUGCGCCUGAAGAUGUCCUUCCCGCUUGCCAGGAAACACUGACAAAUUUACAGCUGGACUACCUCGAUCUGUACCUGGUAAAAUUAUAUGAAUUGUAGUCUGAUUACAACUGGUUUGACCAUAAUACAGUAUGUCUAUAUGAAUUACAAAGAAAAGUGAGAGUAUUGCUUCAUUCCCUUGUUUCUAAUUAGGUACAUAUCCCUUGCGCUUUCAAGAAAGACGCAAAAGUCCCCACGCGGUGCAUUGCAGAUGGUGUGAUUGGCUAUUCGCCUGAAGGCAUAGCAAGUACUUGGAAGGUAUGCUAAGAUACGAGAAUCAAUCAAUCAAAUAAAAAUAUGUCUACCCAAUCUUCGCGGAGCGAACUUAUUGUUCUCCUUUUUCCUCUCUAUUCCCAAAAUGUGCUCUCUUGUCGCGCACAAGAAAUCAAAGAAUUCAAGACCGGAACUGCCCUUUCAGGGCACCUUCAUUUAAAGCCACAAACGUAUAUCAGACAGAAACAAAAUUUUGGAUUAAACUUUGUAUUUGCUCUCAGGGACAAGCUGUCCGGUAUCAGUCGAGAAUGAAAGCGUCCACCUUUGUGGCAUGACUGAAAGGAUUAGCUUUAGACUGAAAAACUAACGGUUCAUUCUUGUGCGAUCAUAAAACAAAACCGUUUGUAAGGCUUGUUCAUUGAAAAGAGGAACCGAACGAGUCGAGUGGUUCAACGACACUGUGUCCGGUUGUGAUUGGUGUGUUGCUGGCGUCAUUUCUUAGGCGACUGUUUUCUCCCUCGAUCUAGUAUCAUAGUGAAAUAUUUCUAUUUGUUUUUUUUUCCAUCAUAAGUAUCUAAACUUUGUUAAACACUUUAUUAAUCACAGUGAUUCAACGAUAUAAGUUUUUUCUCUUUUCCUGCAACCAUGUCAAUUCGUUAACUACACAUGCACGUCAUGCGUACCUAUUUUAUAACUGCAGGCAAUGGAAGAACUUGUCGAUAAAGGCCUCUGCAAAGCCAUUGGAAUUUCAAACUUCACUAUCAAGAAGACUCAGACUCUUCUAGAAACUGCAAGAAUACCGCCAGCUUGUAAUCAAGGUAUCAAGCCAAGAAUCAUGCUCAGAUAGUCCUCAAAACCGUCUAUGAAAGUGGAAUCGCCUGGAUUUUGUUGUAAUAUGGUUCAUCUGUAACAGCGAUGGGUAGUAUUCUAGGCAAUCUCCUCCCUAUGUUUCCCUUGGUCAGAGAGACACUUAGGGAGGAGAGAGAGCGACUAGUCUUUUAAGAUGGUGGCCGGCCAAGACGUUUUAGUAUUAUUGAUAAAUUGCCAAUUUUAUUGACAAACAGGAGAUCUAGUGCACCACAUGACCCGUUCUCUCUGAGUAACAGAUGUGCAUGGAGAUUAGCUGCCUGGUUAUAACCGGCGUUGAGUUGAUUUUUCUGUUUUAAUUUUGCAGUGGAACUUCAUCCAUAUUUACAUCAGGAUGAACUAAUAUCUUUCUCCACGAGUAAAGGUGAAAAAAAAACUCUUUAAAUCCUAAUAUACCAUUAAGUUAUUUUCGAUCUUGUUGUGGUUGAUGUAGUUGUUGUUUUAUUCACCCUCCAGCUGCUGAGCAAGAGUUCUAUUUUUUUUUUGUAUUUUUCUGAAUGAUAUGUGAACGUCAUGUAUUGUUUUGUGCACUGAUCCUUUAGGAAUCGCUGUGACGGCGUAUUCUCCGCUGGGUUCCCCAGACAGACCAGUUGUCAACCCAACAGAGCCAGUAGUGCUAGAGAAUCCAGUGCUGACAAAAAUUGCAGAAAAACACAACACUACUGCUGCCUUGGUAAGAAACGGGAGCAUUUAAAUCUGAUUUAUGUUCGAGUCAGUUUUAUAGAUUUUUGAACUGAGCUAAAAAAAUAGUUAUAGUUAGUCUUUGUUAUAAUUGUUUCUACCAUUUAUUAUUUAAAUUAAAAACGCUUAUUAAAAGUUUAAAUAACGUCUUUCAGAGCGACUACCUAUCGCCACACAUUUUUUAAAAACUCAAGUUUAAAAUGUGUUGAACACCUCAGUUCCUUUAAGGGUGGACACGAUAUGGUGUAGUCUGUGUUGCUGAGUUGCUUGGGAUAGCCUACGUGAAGCCGUACCCUCCCCCCCCCCCCUCCUGGUGAAACGGAAGGUAGGGAACGUCUACGAAAACCUGACUCAAAUUGUGUUCUGUAACUCCACUCUUUUGUAAGAAAAUUUACAGUGACGUUUUAUUGGUUAACCCAUUUUGUCGAUUCUUUCGUGAAUUCUGAUUGGCUAGAGUUUUUUAGUUUUCUUUCACAUUAACGAACAAGAUGGUGAAUAGAAUGCUCUCAUGAUCAAACGUCUAGUAUCAGGUUUUCGUAGACGUUCCCUCGCUUCCGUUUCACCUUAAGGGGAGGAAGGAGGGUACGGCUACACGUAUAGUAUAGUGACCAGGCCUGAUGUUUUUUUCUUUUUAAGUCAAAUCUUAAUCAGCAUAUAGCCAUCUUACGACGUAGUUUAGCAAGAGGGCGUUCCAUCACAAUUACGCCGUCGGCGCCUCGAAAAGAGCGGUGGAGAUACGCGCAAGUGUGUCGAUCUCAUGCAUACCUCUCGCCUUUUUGUAGCGUGUUUUUCAGCUCCGCUGCCGUAAAAGGCUUCCUCAAAACCGUCAGCUAUUGUAUACAGGCUAUAGCCAUCUUGACUUUUCUCCUGGUCAAUGACGCAUGCUUCUUAGCCCGUUUCUUCAACGUGAAUUUUUCUUUUUGAACAUGUUCCCUGGUGAUCCUUACCAACUUAGAGGCUUUGCAGGUCUUUCUCCUUCACAUAACAAGAGCUUACAUAAGAGACAGAGCGUAGUGAAGUUUUUGGGAGCUAAGACUCAAGUCUUUGUCUUUUUCUUGUCUAAAUGCAGGUCGCUCUUGCCUGGGGUAUCAAGCGUGGUACUCCAGUCCUCCCAAAGGCCGUUUCUGAAAAUCAUAUCAAAGAGAACCUUGAUGCAAUUCAUGUAAACUUAGAUGAAGAUGACAUGAAAGCGAUUCAAAACAUUGGCAUACGUCAUCGAUACUUGAAAAUGUGCUGGAUGUACAAACCAGAGGAAAUUCCAGUAGGAGGAGUGUGGGAUGGCGAGGAAUGAAGCAAUAAAAGGAAGGGAAAAAAUGGUACAAACGAAGAAAAGGAAUAGAUUUAAAAUUUACCAAGAAGUGACCUGUCUUUGUGGGUAAAUAAAA